AUGGCAGAUGUCCGUUCACUUCUCAGAAAUGAACGAGCUGCUCGUCGCAUUCAACACAAACAUGCCGGUUAUUCAACUGCGGGUAUUCUGAUGUGCCAUGUUUGUCAUUUACAAUUAAAGAGUGAAUCAUUAUGGGAGGGACAUUUGCGAUCACCAGGACAUAUUAUACGAUUAUCAAAACAACAAGAGGCAGAACGUGAGCGCAAUGCUGCGGCAGAUACAGAUGGCGGCGAAGGAAAUAACAAAAAGAGGAAAGCGGACGAUGAGGAGGAGGAUAUAGGUUAUGGUACUGGUACAUCGAAAAAGCGCAGUAAAGCUUCACCUAUUUCACUGGAAGAAUCUUUUGUGCCAGCUACAGAAAUAUCAAAGGAAAGAUCCGAAUCACCUUCGAAAUCAGGAAUACCUCCUGAUAUGCAAAUCCCCUCUCGUCCGGCAACGCCAGCGAAAAUAACCAAAUCGCCACCUCCAAUAAAUCAAACCACAGUGGAUGAAGAUGAAUGGGCCGCAUUUGAAGCAGAUGUCGCGGCUGCAGAUGUUCCAGCAGAGGUCGAAUCAGAAGCUGUCAUAUCUGCACCUGCAAUGACUACGGCAGAAGUAGCGGCUCGAUCAACAGAGGAGGAGAAGACUCGGAAGAAACAAAUCUUGGAAGCCGAGUUGGAAGGGGACAAGGAAGAUGCAGAUAAAAAAUUACAGGAUGAAUUCGAAACAAUGGAAAGUUUAGAACUGAAAGUCAAGCGGUUACGGGAGAAACGAGAAGCUUUAAGAGAGAAACAAAAUAAGGCGAGUGCACCAACCGAAACUCCAAUAGCCGUGGAUACAUUGGAAGACGAUGAUGACGAUGACGAUGAGGAUGAGGAUGAGGAUGAGGAUAAUUGGGAUGGAUUUAGAUUAAGAUGA